UCUCUGGAUCACCCCAAUUCCGAAAUAGAGAAGGAUGUUUCCUACUGGGAAGAGCAGACUGUUGUUUGUUGGCUCUUGUGGUCAUGUUUCCACAAAACUUCGCCAGAAUCGCCUACAGUAUAGUUUAGAUCGAGAACAUUUGUGGCACUGUAAGAGAAAACGUUUCCACAGUUUUCACUACGUUGCCAGCGUUUCUGCUUCUCCCAAACGCAAUACUCGCUUUCGACCCUGCAUCGAUAUUCAUGAAGGCAAAGUGAAGCAAAUUGUAGGAAGCUCUUUAAAUGACCAACAAGCUGGAAAGAAAAAUCUAAUCACCAAUUUUGAAAGCGAACUAGAACCCGAUGCCUACGCAAGAAGGUAUGCAAGGGAUGAGUUAUAUGGGGGGCACGUCAUUAUGCUUGGAAAUGGGAAUGUACAGGCAGCCAAGGCUGCUAUUCAGGCGUUUCCACAAGGCCUACAAGUCGGUGGAGGUAUCACACCACAGAAUGCUGAAUUUUGGUUGAUGCAAGGAGCGAGUCACGUUAUUAUUACUUCCUAUGUAUUUCGAGACGGGCAUUUUUACUUUGAACGCCUAGAGCAAGUUGCCAAGUUGGUCCAUCCGAAGCGACUGGUUCUGGAUUUGAGCGCUCGGAAGAUCGACGGUCACUACUUUGUGUGUACCAAUCUUUGGCAAAUUUUGACAAAGUUCCAAUUGAAUGAUCAAAAUUUAAAUCUUCUAAGCGAUUACUGCGAUGAAUUUUUGGUUCAUGCUGUUGAUAUGGAAGGAAAAAAACAAGGAAUUGAUCGAGAUUUGGUUUCAUUAUUGAGUGACUACUCACCGAAAAUUUGUACAUAUGCUGGAGGCAUUCGUAAUAUGGAAGAUGUGGAACUCAUUGAGAAACUUGGCAAAGGCAGAGUAGAUUUUACUGUCGGUAGUGCAUUGGACCUAUUCGGAGGAAGUAUGUCAUACGAUGAACUUGUAAAAUGGCAACAUUUAAGAAUGCAUCGAGUCGACUAAAAGUCAUCAUUUCUCAUAUGAUUACUGUUCAGAAAGGUUUUUGUGAUGACAAUAGGGAUGCUUGCGAUUGGCAAUUUCACAGUCGUUACAUUCAUUGGAGAACAAAUGGGGAUAUUCAAGCUUCCACUUACGAAGUUGUUUGCAUCGC